AUGGACUGGACGAACGAGAUUGUUUUGGAAUUUAUAAAAUUGUACGAAAAACAUCCGUGUAUUUGGGACCCUAAACACACGUUUUAUAAAAAUAAAAACCGUGUGAACGACGCAUGGGUAGACAUACAAAAUAGUUUAGGUGUGCCAUGCACUGUUAAAGAUCUUAAGAGGAAAAAAGAUUCCUUAAUGGCUGCGUAUAGAAAUUACAAAACUAAAAUUAAGAAAUCGGAAGUGUUAGGAUCAAGCUCCGACGACGUUUAUCAACCUUCAUGGUUCGCAUUCUCUUAUAUAGAUGGUUUUCUCGGGUCUAUCUAUAAAUGCAACCAGUCGAUGAGUAUUAAAGAUGUUCAAAAUAGCCAUCACAUAGAAGAGAUAAAUAUCGAUGAAGACGAUACAGGGAGCCCAAAUACUGUUAAAUCGAAUUCAGAAGUUGAACCGUCCCCGUAUAUAAUAUUCUCGCAACAAGAAUAUACAUAUCCAGAAUGUUCGUCCUCAGAACGCAGAUCCGUAGUAAGUACAUCUGGGAAGAGGAAGCAUUCUUUGCCUGAACUUGAGCGACAAUCAAAUGAAGAGGACGAUGAAUGUUAUAUAUUUGGAAAACUCGUCGCCAAGAAGCUGCGUAAACUUCCAGAAAGUCGCAGAGACUUAUUAAUGAUCAAAAUAAAUCAGUUAAUUUACGCCGAAAGCUACGGCACCGAUAGGCCUGUUUCAUCUUUGUCACGGUCGUCAUGUUCAUACGCUAAAUCGCCACAGCCAUCAAUUCAGAAGGAGUUCAACUCUGAAACAUCAACAGAUCCUGCUGCGGUCAUCAAACUAGAAUACGAGUACGAGUAG